UUAUUCUGACAAUAAAACCCGCGGGAUUUCAAUGUACAGCAUACUUCGCUACCAGCAUUGGGAUCCUGUCGUUGUGUCACAUUGUUGUUUUCUGAACUGCAUUGUUGCGAUUGGCUGACUGUGGUUGUCAACUGUUUGACUAAGCUUCGUGAAUCAUGAUCAAAUUGCCGUACGCCAUUGUGGUGAUUUUACUGACCUACUUUAUAGUAGCUGAUGCUGAGUGCAACGUUGAGCCAGUGAAGGACAUUAAUUUGGAUAUGGAUAAGUAUCUGGGAACUUGGUGCUGGGUCUUCCACACACCCAGUGACGUGGACAAGAACGCCGGCUGCAUUAAGGAAAUUGCCCAGAAAUUCAAUGAAUCGACCAUCGUCGUGCCCACAGCAUUUUACGAUGAGAGAACAAAACAAAUCAAGAUCUUCCAGGGCUCUAUAUACUCUUGGAACAGCACGAGUUUUACUGAAACCCUGAACGGAUGGAGUGCUACCUAUUUUGUUCUGGCCGUUGACUAUAGCAGUUAUAUUGUGACUUCAGCCUGCCUGAGAAACGAGUUAGCGCCACUGACAUGGAUUGGCUUCAGAACAUGCGUACCUGACGAUCACACCAUCAAGGAGGCGAUGGAUGCCUUGGAUGCCUUGGAUACAAGCAGUGGUGCAUCAAACCGUUUGGUGAAGUUUAAUGACUGCGAUUAUAUUCAAAACGCCAUGUUUCCUUGACUGUAAUAUAGUUCCGGAGGUUAAUAAAUAACGUGGUGCUUGGAAGGAAU